AUAAUUUCUCAAAUAAAUUUGUGGAACUGAAAGAAGUUUUAUAUCUCUCCUCUUUGCAAAAAUGUCAUUCCUGUCCAAAAGCGUGCAAGAAAUGUCCAUCACCGGCGAUGAACCACCUCCGGAAUACAUUGUCAAAGGAUGCACUUUUGCUCCUUCAGAUUUAUCCUCCUCCUUAUCCUCAUCUCCAUUUCCGGUAAUCGACAUCAGUCUCUUCUCCUCAUCUUCUGCUCACAGUAACAGCAAGGAGGAAGUAGACAGUGCACUGGAAACUCUAAGAUCAGCUCUCGGCUCAAAUGGAUGCUUCCAGGCUGUAGGACAUGGGAUGUCGAGUUCAUUCCUUGACAAGGUACGUGCAAUGGCGAUUCAAUUUUUUGAACUUCCAGUGGAAGAGAAGCAGAAAUAUGCGAGAGCUGUGAAUGAAUCUGAAGGCUAUGGGAGCGACGUCGUCGUUUCAGCAAAUCAAGUUCUUGAUUGGUCUCAUCGCCUGAGUCUGAGGGUAUUUCCUGAAGAUAGAAGAAGGAACAAUCUUUGGCCUGAAAAUCCUAAUGAUUUCAGAGAGACCUUGAUCGAAUAUUCCCUGAAGAUAAAGUCUGUGAUGGAUCUUCUCUAUAAGGCAAUGGCAAGGUCACUGAAUGUGGAAGAGAACAGCUUCUCAGGCCAGUUUGGUGAUCGUUCUCUAAUGCAAGCAAGAUUCAACUUCUAUCCAAAGUGUUCAAGACCUGAUUUGGUUCUUGGUGUCAAACCUCACACUGAUAGGUCAGGCAUUACAGUUCUCUUGCAAGACAGACAAGUUGAAGGCCUUGAAAUUUUAGCAGAUAACAAAUGGAUUAGAGUUCCCGUUAUUCCUGAUGCUCUUGUUGUCAAUCUCGGAGAUCAAAUGCAGAUAAUGAGCAAUGGAAUAUUCAGAAGCCCAAUGCACAGGGUGGUGACAAGCACAGAAAGAUUGAGAAUAUCUGUGGCCUUAUUCCAUGAACCAGAGCCAGAAAGAGAGAUUGGACCUGUAGACAGCCUGGUGGAUGAGCAAACACCCAGAUUAUACAGAAAUGUCAAAAAUUAUGGUUUUAUCAACUAUGAGUGCUACCAGAAAGGCAUUGUAGCCCUUGAGACUGUGAAAAUAUAAUCCUCAUCUGUUCUAUCUGCUGUUGAAUGUAUUUUGACUCUAAUGUAAUAAUGCCACAAACUCCUUGGAUUCUAAUCCAUUACAACUCCUGGAGACUAUUUCCUAUUUUCA